AUGGCUGCUGAAUCCGAGAGCUGCAACUGCAGUGCCUGGGCAGCAAAUGAUCCUUCCGGAGUACUCUCCCCUCACAGUUUCAACCGUAGGGCUGCACGACAUGAUGAUGUUUCUUUGAGGAUCACACACUGCGGUGUCUGUUAUGCUGAUGUUCAGUGGACAAGAAAUUUGCACCAUGACUCGGUGUACCCUUUAGUCCCUGGGCAUGAGAUUGCUGGAGUUGUAACCGAGGUUGGUUCAGACGUCAAGGGCUUCAAACUGGGCGACCAUGUGGCUGUUGGGACAUACAUCAACUCAUGCCGUGACUGUGACAACUGCAAUAGCCUCCUCGAGAACCACUGCUCAAAUUUUGUUUUCACUUUCAAUGGUGUUGAUACAGACGGCACUGUCACAAAGGGAGGCUAUUCCACUCACAUUGUAGUUCAUGAACGGUACUGCUAUAAAAUACCUGACGGCUAUCCGCUGGAAAAGGCCGCACCUUUAGCUUGUGCUGGGAUCACUGUGUAUACACCGAUGAUCCGGCAUAACAUGAACCAGCCGGGGAAGUCACUUGGGGUUAUUGGUCUUGGUGGGUUGGGUCACAUGGCAGUGAAAUUCGGGAAAGCCUUUGGACUGAAUGUGACAGUUUUGAGUACAAGUGAAUCCAAAAGAGAUGAAGCUAUCAACCUUCUUGGUGCAGAUAAUUUUGUGGUAUCAUCAGAUAAAAAUCAGAUGGAGUCCCUGAAAAAUUCUCUGGACUUCAUUGUCGAUACUGCCUCUGGUGACCACCCAUUUGACCCUUAUCUCGCGCUUCUGAAAGUUCGUGGCGUGAUGGCACUAGUUGGCUUUCCUGGAGAAAUCAGAGUCCAUCCUGCAACACUUAAUCUGGGUGCACGAACUCUAUCUGGCAGUGUAGUCGGAGGCACCAAGGACACCCAGGAGAUGAUAAACUUCUGCGCGGCAAACAAAAUCUACCCAGAUAUUGAGAUUAUAAAGAUAGACUACAUCAACGAGGCUCUCGAGAGGCUUGUCAACCGGGAUGUGAAGUACCGGUUUGUAAUUGACAUAGAGAGCUCUUUCAAGUAA